GAAAGUUACGCCUCCAUCGGUGGAUGUAGUCCCGGGGGCGGUGGAGGCGCGCGGCGAUGGGCGCGGAGCGGCGGCGCGCGGCGGCGGCGGCGCUGUACAGCAGGCUGCUACGAAUAUAUGAAGAGGAGGAGAAAAGCACCCCUGAACGGCCGUGUCUUUUUGAGAAUGAUGUAGAGAUCUGUUUCGUCAAUGAUAGUUGCAGAAACCCCGUUGAAAGCUUUUGGAAUGGAAGCAACACGCUGUAUGUUCUGCAGCAAGCGGGCUGCAGUGAGGGGAGUGACCCAACAGAAGAACCGAGAGCAGACGAUGCCCUUCACACCUCCGAGCUCGUACCCACGGAGGGCACCGGCCCGGCUGCGCUUCCUGUCCAAAGAGCAAAGCAGCUUAUUUCCUUGUAUACGAUGGCACAAAAUCCAAACAUGACCCAUCUGAAGAUCAGUGACCUGGUUGUGCUUCCACCCCUCUGGAUACGGUGUGAUGGCUCCGAUCCUGAGCAUACUUACUGGCUUGGAGCUGAGCCUCUCAAAGCUGGAAACAAAAUCACAGGGAUGAGUUUUUAUAUGGUUACAUGUGAUGGUCCCACAGCUGAUAAAACCUGUUUUGGGAACCUAGAAGAGCUCAAAAUGGCACAUAAAGUCAAGCAUCAUUCGUCUGUUGUGGCAACAAAAGGAUUUGCUCAGUACGAACUUAUUAGAGCUGCUGCAAUGGAUGACACAGCUGUAGGAUCUGAAAGCAAUAUCUGUAUUGACAUUACAUGGCACGCUGUGGAUAAGAUUCUGCAGGCACCCCCUCUUUGUUCAGCUGCCACACUGAAUAUUAUGUUAGAGUCUGGGGACCCCAGGAGCCCUGUGUAUCCGCUGUACAGAGAGCUGCAGUUUCUCCUUGCUUUGGCUGAAGGCUUGAAGACAGGUGUGACGGAAUGGCCCGAGCCCGUAGAGACUCAGUCGGCUUUUGAACUGGUCCAGGAAUUUCUGAUGGAUUUGAAGAAGAAACUGGAUGGGUGUUGUAUAUCAGGAAACAAGAAUGACACAGAGAGUAUCAAAAGCGACACUGCUGCAGUGGACAGUUCAAUAAAAUCAAUCUUCACUGAACGAGGAGACCUGGAUUUUGCUGAACAAUUAUGGUGUAAAAUGAGAAGUGUCUGUUCCUAUCAGGAGUUGGUAGAGUGUUUCACGCUGGUCAUAAAAUUCCUGGAACACGGUGAAAUACAGCCAUGGAUUCAUCAAGGGAGUAGCAGUUUGCUCAGUAAAUUGAUCCAGCAGUCUUACCACGGCAAGGUAGAGGCUGUGUCCCUCAGUGGCGUCACUCCAAUUCAGAUGCUCUUGGAGAUUGGUUUGGAUAAGAUGAAGAAGGAUUAUGUCAGCUUUUUCAUAGGCCAGGAACUUACAACGUUAAUCUAUUUGGAUUACUUUGUUUCCACAUCAGUAGAUCUACAAGAACAAGUUCAUCGUGUUCAAAAGCUUCAUCACAUGUUGGAAAUAAUGGUCAGCUGUACAGUCUUACUUCAGUUUAAACACGAGAACCUCUUCCCUUUGACACAAACUUGCCUGAAAUACUAUAAAGAAAACCCUCUAAAUGAGAAGCAUGUGUUUCAGCUGCCGAUCAGACCAGCUCUUGUCAAGAAGUUCUAUCAGAAUGAUCAUCCAGAAAUGUGGAAGGUGGACAUAACUAGUGGGCAUGGCCAAAAGGAGGUUAAAACAACGUGGCAAGUUAGUACUAAUCCUCCUGUUGAACAUAUGACCUCAAACAAUGUAGGUCUCUUUUGUGAUUCUACAGUUAAUGGAAGCAGUGAAGAAAGAAUGUAUUUUGUUGCAAUGGCUAAAUGCAGUCAGGUGCAUUUCACAUAAAUGCAUAUUUCUGUGCAGGCAGGCACUUGACAGGUACAGUAAAGGGGGAAGUGCAGCAUCGUCUGUGUAUCAAUAGUGUGUUAGAAAGAUUCUGACAUUUGAAGAACGAUUCCUCUUACUGAGUUCUGUGCUUUAGAAUGCUCACACGGUGUGACAUGCAGCCAUAAUUCAUCUGUACCUAUCUAGUUUGUUUAUAAAUGUGCAGCUAUGAAUGUACAGUAUAAUUAUUUUGAAAAUACAGUAGAUAUUUUGGUACAUCAAUUUACAAACAUUCAAUAAAGUUCUGCACGUUGGGGUUUAAAAUUUUAUUUUUGCUCAUUAAGAACGCACACAGACACUUCAAAGUAUGAAGUAUUUUAAACCAACAAGCAAUAUUGUUAUGGGUUCUUUUGUAUCAGGAGGUAUAUCAUCCUUCAGAUAUUUUUGGGAAGCCGUUCAUCCCGGGCAUUACGAACGUCUGCAGUUUGGUUUUCUUCAUACCUGAAUUUACACUUCGGAGUAUUCCUGGUUAUCCUUAAUUUUGCUGCUUGUAUUCACUGUUUCCCUCAGUUACUUCAGCAGUGUUGUUAUAUAGAUUUUUGCAUUAUUUUCUGAAGAAAUACUCAGUGGGAUUGGUUGGGCAUAGUCAUUUAAAUAUGUUACUGACAGUAACACAUGGUUGAACAUGGUAAGAUACCGUCUGUAACCUUUUGGUAGUUUAACUGAACAAUUACAUGAUGUAGUAUGUGAUGAGUUAUGCUAUUAUAUAUAUUGAUUAACUAGGUUGUGGGGUUGUACUGAGGUAGUUCCCUGUUUUUUAAAAAAAAAUCUGCAGAAAAACAUCCUUUAUUGUAAAUCUGACAUGGCAGUUGUCAUCUUUGAGAA